GCAAUUCGAAGCUCCCGAACAUUCCCAAGACAACGCCACCGCCUUCUUGAACAUUCUCCCUCGUCCUCCUCAUAUACGCGCCGCGACAACACCCCCUUCUCACCACAGAGCAAUUCGAACAGCAGCAGCUCGGAGAACGCAAUCCCAGUUCCAAGAAAAGCUCAAGGAGCCCGCCGCCGCCGCCGCCGCAGAAGCAGCAAUGGCGUCCCGCCGGUUCUUCGCCUACGACCCCUACGACUACUACUACGCCGACCCGUACCACUACCCCUACCCGUACUACCCGUACCAACAGCAGCAGCCGCCCGCCCCGUCCCGCGGCGCCGGCGGGUUCUUCGCGGACGCCGCGCCGGAGCCGGUGAGCGUGGCUCCGCGGCCCAGGGUCGAGUCGUCGAGGCCGGUCUCCAUCCCCGUCUGCUUCGUCGGGUCCGACCCGGAGCCCGCCGGGGUGGCGGCGGCGGCGGAGGUGCCGAGGAAGCGGGCGCCGUCGGCGGAGGAGGCCGCGGUGAGGGUGCAGGCGGCGGCGCGCGGGUUCCUGGCGAGGCGGUCGGUGCUGGCGGUGCGCGAGGUGGAGCGGGAGGCGGCGGAGGCUGGGGGGAAGAUCGCGCGCGAGGCGGCGGUGCUGCGCGCGGACGCGAGGGCGCGGGGCGCCGUCGGGGAGGCGCUGAUGAGGAUGCUGCUCCGGCUCGACGCGGUGCGCGGCGCGCGGGAGUACCGGAGGAGGGUUACCACGCGGGUGCUCGCGUUGCAGGACGCCGUCGACGCCCUCGAACACAAGCCGGCGCCGGUUGCCGCAGCCGCAGCUGAGGAGAACGAGUCCGGGGUGUCGAACGAGACGCCCGGCGAGAGCGCGGUGGCCUCGGAGCUCCCGGAUGUGGUGGAGCGCAGCGCCGAGAUCGAAGCGAAGGCGGCUGCCGAGAUGGAGGUCGGCGGGGGCAGAGCCGGCGGCGAGCGGGGAGAGGCGGAGGAAGCGGAGCAGGCGCAGGACGACGGGAACGUUGUUGCCGCCGACAAGCCGGAAGGUUCGGACGCGGCGGGCGAGUUGGGGAUUGUGACGGAGGAACCGGAGCCCGCUGCGGCGCCGGCAUCGCUCUCCGACGCGCCGCGGCCCCAGGAACAGGCGGUGGCCGAGAUCCGGACCACGGAAACGGCGGCCGGCGGCGACGGCGGCCUGGACGCGCGGAAGGUGAUGGAGAUGGCGGCGGCGCUGUGCGAGCGGAGCGCGCAGCAGUGCGCGGUGAUCGGCGCGCUGGCGGAGCGCGUGGACGCGCUGGAGCGCGCCGUGCGGCGGGCCGAGGACGCCGAGCGCCGGCGGCGGCGGGCCAAGAAGCUGAGGAAGGAGGGGAAGGGGAGCAGCCACGGCAAGUGCUACAGCGAUUGAGAGGGAUCUAAGCACAAAUAACAGCUUUAUGUUUUUGAGCUUUUUUCCCCUCCGUACUUAGUUUGGUAGAAAUCGGCGCUGUUUUGUAAAUUUGUUUCGUUUUGUUUGUAUAAUAAUUCAGUUUUCGCAAUGUAAUUUGAUUUGCAUGUCUUGGCUUGGAGAAUCAUGUUCUUCCUUCCUUCUGUGGCA